AUGAAGUGGUAUUUGAAUGUCUUUUUUUUUAUUUUCAGUACUGUCGAGGUCACUCUUCCUCUGGAAUAUUGUCCAACUCACUGCCAGUGUGACUCAGACGUUUACAGUGUGUCAUGUUUUGGAGCUGAGGUCAUGCCUGUUUUCCAUCCCAACACACAGGAGGUGUGGCUUGUGCAAACAAAACUUUCUUCUAUUCCUCAGAAUGCGUUUGCCAACUUGACCAACAUUUCUCACAUAUACAUCUCUGAUGAUGAUACUUUAAAAUGUCUCGAGAGGCAUUCUUUCCACAAUCUGUCCAGGAUCACGCACAUACAACUAACUGGUAUCAAAUCACUGUCAUUUAUUGACAAAGAGGCAUUUAAGGAUCUGCCCAAUUUAAAGUAUCUUGGGAUCACCAACACGGGUCUCACCUCAUUUCCUGGGCUCCAACAUAUUCAGUCCAGCCAAGAGGAUUUUAUUUUAGAAAUAGUGGAUAAUGUCUUCAUACAAGUUAUACCCUCUAAUUCUUUCACUGGCAUAUCUGAGAACGCUCUGACCAUCAUGUUAAAUAACAAUGGCGUGAAAGAGAUCCAGCGCUAUGCCUUCAAUGGGAGCAGCCUAGAGGAAGUUUAUCUUCACAGGAAUGUGAAUUUGGAACAAAUAGAUGAUUUUGCAUUUUAUGGAGUGAUUCAUGGCCCAACCCACCUAGACCUUUCAGAAACCAAAGUUAGCUCUCUGCCUUCAAUGGGUAUGGAGGCCAUUGAAAAGCUCCGAGCUAAAAACACUUGGGCUCUCAAAGUACUGCCACCCUUUAGAGCCUUUCUCCAUUUACAGAGUGCUGAAUUGACCUUUCCAAGUCAUUGCUGUGGCCUCAAAAUGUUGAAAAGAUGGAGAGGACACUCUGAAGCAGUUGUUUGCAACCUGACCCGGACUGCUUUGGGAAAGCUGCAGGAAUCCUCUGCAGCUAUCUCUCUGGGACACAAAAUCUGUCAACAUCAUCACAGCUUUGGUGUUCCAUUGGCCAGCAGCACAAAUCACAAUCACUACGAUAACACCAUUUGUUCACCUCAACAGUCUCAAAAUGAGGGUUUGUUUUAUGUGGAGUUACAUACAGAGCAUUUUGGUGAAGGUUUAGAUGUUGCACUGUGUAAUGAACUAUACACAGAUGGACUCUCAUGCUCCCCCCUGCCUGAUGCCCUGAACCCCUGUGAGGAUGUGAUGACUCAAGGCUUCCUGAAGGUGUUGGUCUGGGUGGUGAGUCUAUUAGGCAUCUCAGCCAACUUCUUGGUAAUGUUCAUCUUGUUGACCAGCCAACAGAAGUUGUCCGUUACCCGUUUCCUCAUGGGUCACCUGGCAUUUGCAGACUUUUGUAUGGGGAUGUACUUACUGCUCGUUGCAUCUGUUGACCUCUACACACAAUCCCAUUAUUACCAUUAUGCUAUAGCAUGGCAAACAGGAAGUGGCUGCAAUUUAGCAGGGGCAUUAUCAGUAUUUGCCAGCGAGCUAUCUGUGUACACAUUAACUUUAAUCAGCCUUCGGCGCUGGCAUGCCAUCUUCUAUGCAAUGAGGCCAGAUAGAAAAAUUAGGUUACGCCAUGCAGCUGUGCUGAUGCUUAUUGGCUGGCUGCUAUGUUUUCUGCUAGCACUGCUACCAGUGAUUGGUGUGAGCAGUUACCAGAAAGUGAGCAUCUGCUUACCCAUGGAUACAGAGACAACUGCUGCUCGGGCCUAUGUGGUCUCUGUCCUGAUAGCCAACAUCAUUGCUUUUACGGUUGUAUGUUUAUGUUAUCUCCACAUCUUUUGUAUGGUGCAUAAUCCCCAACACCAGUCCAGCAGAUCUGAUACGAGCAUGGCUAAACGUAUGGCUGUUCUAAUUUUCACCAAUUUUCUGUGUCUGGCUCCCAUUUGCUUCUAUGGCUUAUCUGCAGCUCUACACCAACCCCUGAUGACUGUCACAGAUUCCAAGGUGCUGUUAGUGCUUUUCUAUCCCCUCAACUCUUGUGCAGACCCAUUUUAUUAUUCUAUCCUGACAAAAGCAUUUCAUCGAGACAUCUUGAUGUUGCUAAGCCGGGUGGGGCUGUGCCAGCAGCAAACACACCUCUAUCGAAGCCAGUAUUACUCUCCACAGACACAGAGAGACAAUUUAUGCCCCAUAGUCCAGCCCAGAGAUCCAAAAAUGUUACAGUACACCAAUCACUAGGC